GCUUGUCGUCUGCGCAUUUCUGAUUUCAAUUCUGUCGUCGGUGUUUGAGAAGAGGUUAAUUUUGUGUGUGCUAAAUUGAAAAUUUAGCGAAUUUAUUUGAUAAAAUUUAUCAAUUAUACUUUUUUUCAAGUAAAACAAAGAUAUUAACCGAAUAAUGACUAAGUUUAGACAUUUUUAACAGACUAAACUAACCUUCUUCCAAAAUAAUAAUUUUUAUUUACAAAUCUAAACAAUAGGCCUAAUAUAUUUCAACAGUCUCAUUUCAUAUUUUACAAUUAAUUUCGACUUUUCAAUGGUUCUUUUAAAAGAAUAUAGAAUAUGUAUGCCGUUAACAGUGGAGGAGUACCGGGUUGGUCAGCUGUACAUGAUUGCGAGACAUAGUCUUGAGCAGUCAGAGUCAGGCGAGGGGGUUGAGGUGAUAGUCAACGUCCCAUGUGAGCAUCCUGAACAUGGGAAGGGGCAGUACACUGAAAAACGGAUACACCUAUCCAGCCGACUGCCAUUUUGGAUUCAAUCAUUCCUUCCCAGGGUAUUUUAUGUAACCGAAAAGGCGUGGAAUUAUUAUCCAUACACAAUAACAGAAUACACUUGCUCAUUCAUUCCAAAGUUUAGUAUCCACAUACAAACAAAAUUUGAAAACAACAAUGGAUCCAGUGAGAACUGCCUGAACCUGACACCAGAACAGUUGGAACAAAGGACGGUGGACUUUGUCGACAUCUGUUACGAUGAGAUCAGUCCCAGGCAUUACAAAGAAGAAGAGGACCUGAGGUUCUACCAGUCGAGUGUCACCAAGCGUGGACCGCUCGCCGAGGGAUGGACCAGCACCACGCAGCCCAUCAUGUGCUCCUACAAGGUAGUGCAAGCCAACUUCGACGUGUGGGGGCUGCAGACCAAGGCUGAGGAACUCAUUCAGAGGUCCAUACGUGAGAUUCUGCUCUUGGGACAUCGGCAGGCGUUUGCUUGGGUGGACGAAUGGUACAAUAUGACACUCGCCGAUGUGAGAGUCUUCGAGAGUGAAAUGCAUCGCCAAACCAACACCAAGGUGACAGAGGAUCUGCCUAGUGUACCCACCACCCCCCUCACUCCGCCAGCACCCACCACCCCCACCGUCGCCAACAGGUCUUCCUGGUUUCCUUGGCAAUAAACCUCACCUUGUUGUUGUUUUACUUCUCUCAGCGCAAAUCAUUUUGUAUAUUUGUAUAGAUUAAUUUAUUGUUUACUUCACUAAAAUUUUGUCAUCAUUCAUAUCAUUUUGGUUUUUAUACUUCUGUCUUUAGUUUAGAUAAAUUCCCUAUUUUAGUUCAAUUAAUAAAAAUAUUUUAAUAAUUUCAACUAUCAGAAUAGAUGUUUUUGUUUAUUUUAUUAAGUUUGUUAGUAAUAAUUUAAAAAGUUUUUUAAACAAAGAAUUUAAUUUGUUAGUAAUUAAAACAUAGUUGUAUUUUGUUAUAGGUAUUUACAAGAAAUUAAUUUGUAAUUGUUAUAAUAAUGUAUCUGAAUAUCUUAACUGUGUUAUUAGAGCAAUUAAUUAAUUACUGAGCCUUGUAACCAGAUUCAAGAAUAAUAUGGUCUUUCAGGAAUAAAUGUGUAUAAAAUUGGAUACUUAGCUGAUUUUAAUAAUAAAACAAAUAUUAUGAGUGACCAUCCAGAUUGUAGAGUCCGCAUGAAUUUUUGCUCCCAGAAUAUUAAUUUCAAUACUAAAAAUGAAGACUUAUAUUACGUACAAAUUUUCAUUCAUCCACAUAUAAAUUUGCAUGUAAGUGCAUCUUCUACACAGUACAACAUUGUAUGUAGUUGUUCUGUGUUUUAAAAGAUUUAGAAUUUUUAUGAAAUAACUGUGUUGGUUUUCGUGAUAAAAAUAUUUUUGUUUUGGUUGUGUCUUAUGUUGCUUUCUUUUGAUGAUAUGUACAUACCUUAAUGUUAAUUUUGUACUGUAAAAAUUCAUUUUCAUCAUUAUGACUAGGGAUGGGCCAAUACCGAAUAAAUUAAAUUCCGAUUACUGUAUUAUCUGUAGCCAAAAACAUAAUAUGCUAAAUGGUUUUGUUUUGUCAUCUUCAAAGUAAAUCUGGCCAGUAGGACCAGCCAGCCAUUUCCAGCAUAAACAUAUUUUCUUUUACUAGACAUAUUUAUACAACUACACAAAUUACGGAACAAACAAAAAUUAAUUAAUUUCUGUUUGUUUACCACUGAGCAGCAAGCGCACAGCGAUCCACGAACAUUGAUAGACAUAAGAAAUAGGAACGGAAAGCAAAAAUACUAUGUACAAAUCUGCGAUAAUUUGUUAAUUUACAUAACUAUGUACGCGUUUUUAUUAAAAAUUACAACAAUAACAUGUUUUAGCGAUCUUUAAUUUUAGUAAUGGCAAUCAGCUGUCAUCCACGAAUAUACUUUUUUUAUGAUUCAGUGGCUUCAAAAUUCAGUUUCUACACAUCACUACUAAUCUUAUGUUAUGAAAUUGUGACUUUCCAAGAGUAUUCAAAACACAUCUAUUAAUUUUAUUUUAUUAUUUUGUAAUCAAAUAUUUUGAAAAUAUUGGUGUAAUAAAAUGAAAAAAGCCUCUUUAUUGAGAAUCUUCUGUCCUCAAUAUUGCUAGGUAUUAAGAAAUCGAGUAUCAGAAUCAAUCCAUCCCUAAUUCUGACAAAUGUACAUUUUUAUUGAUAUUAAUACAUCAUCACCUUAUAGUUAAUUGUGUAAUUUUGGUAUUUAUACAUCACAGUGAAUUGAAAUUAGAGUUAGAAAUGUUUUAAAUGCAAUAAGUAUUGAACACGAGUCUAACCUGAGUAUUAAUGCUUGAGUAUUAUAAUUGUACUUGAUUUGAAAACAUCCAUAUUAAGUGUUAAUUGCUUUACUUAUUACAAUAAAGCAAACUGUAAGCACAAGACUUUAACAGUUUUAGGGUACUCCUUUACAUUGCAAGGUUGCAACUAGAUUACCCGAGUAUUAAAGAAUGCAUGGGACCAGUUGUUUAAACUUACUAUUCGAUACUUAAAUUUUCAGUUAAUAUGAGCAAUUUCAAUAACAUGUCAAGGGGGCGUAUCUGUUAAAAUUGGUUUUGAAUCAGGUCAACUUAUGACCUGUUGAGGUACCAAAUGUCAUUGUGUAAGUCUCUUAUUUCAUUUUGAGGAUAUUUCAGAAUUGAUAGUAAACAAGAGUGGCACCAGUAAAAAUACUUUCCAGGCAGUGUUUUCUUUGACACUCUUAAAAGUUGUACUAUAUUGAGAUAUGCCCCUUUUUCAUACAUUUGAAUAUAUAUACAUUGCACAAGUAUAAACUUCCCGAUUUUAUACAUAUCGAUCCUCUAGUUACCACUAGGUAUUGGGUAUUAUAUAAAUAUAAGUAAUUACCAGUUUCAGAUAAAACACUGAGUACUGUAGUGUUCAUAUAGUAUACAGGUGGCUGUGACUUUUCUGGGAGAAAAAUUGUAAUGAAAUCAUUUACUCUUUUCAGAUACCGUUAAAUUAUUCAAUGAUUUCAGAUCCCUUCCAAAGUCAUUUUUCAAUUUAUCUUGUCUGUGGAAAGUUGUGACUAAGAAUAAACAAAAGUCACUCGAUACUUGUACAAUCAUAACAAUGUAAUCUAAAAAAGAUAAAUUGAUAUUAUUAUAAUGCUUUUUUUUAAGGAGAAGCCUUUUUAAGCCUUAUCCUGUCUAUCCUGAGUCUGUGCCAUACAUAUGAUCUGUACCUCUUACCUCUUACUUUUAGACUUUGUGCUGCCACUGAUAUGGGCAUUAUUACUUUGGUAAAAAGUGUGAUUUCUUUUGUUAACAUAUAUUUAAAAUAUAUGUUUAAUAUAUUUAAAAUAUAUAAUUUAAAAUAAUUCUAAUCAGUUAUAAUUAGUUAAUUGUGCAUAUUAAAAAAUAAUAGAGUUGUGUACUCGACACUGUAUUAAUUAGCCACACUAAGCAAACCAAUAAUAUUCUCAUUCCUAUAAAAAUAUAUCUGUCAAUUUUCACUAAUGCUAGUUUAAUUUUAGUGACCAAAUUUUCAUUUCAUAAUGUAUUUUUCUCAUGAAUUUGAUUUCUUCUCAUCAAUAUGUUGUUAUGUAACUACAUACAUAAUUUUAAAGAUUUCCUUUAAAGUAUUAUUAAUAUAAUGUUAAGUGCAAUGUUUUAAUUUAAUUAAUUACUGUGUUUGAGUUGUUUUCUAAGAGUUAUUUUGUUUGAGAAAUAGCUGUAUUGUUCUCUACAACAAUAGCUUUAUUGUAGUAGUUUUAUUUCAGUAGUUUUUUGCAACACAACCAGGGUCAAGAGAAUUUAACAUAGGCCUACUCUCCUAAUAAAACAAUUAUUUUCAGUUA